GUGUAUAAAAGCCUGAACCCAUCAACAAGCUUCUUCACAAAACCCCAAAACCUUAGACACUUGCUUGAUAAAAAGAUGGGUUUUAACUUCAUCUCUCUCCUUUUUCUUCCACUUCUAUCAGUGUUUAUCUUGUCGGGAUCCGAUCAAGCCUUUGCUUCGGACACCACACUGCUCCUGAACACCAACCCCCGCAAUAGCACGGCGGCCGGUGGGUUGUCGUCACUGAGGGGGAAGAAGCAGAGGAGUGGAUGUAACUUGUUCCAAGGCCGAUGGGUUUUUGAUGCUACUUACCCUUUCUAUGAUACAUCCUCGUGUCCUUUCAUCGACGGCGAGUUUAACUGUGGCAAGCGACCUGACAAACAGUUCCUCAAGUACUCAUGGCAACCUGCAUCUUGCAGCAUCCCAAGGUUCGACGGUGCGGCGUUUCUGAGGAGAUGGAGAGGGAAACGAGUCAUGUUCGUGGGAGACUCAUUGAGUCUGAACAUGUGGGAAUCGUUAGGGUGUAUGAUACAUGCGUCGGUACCAAACGCUAAGUACACUUUUCUUAAGCGUACCCCACUCUCUAGUAUCACUUUCCAGGAAUAUGGAGUGACGUUAUAUCUAUAUAGAACACCAUACAUAGUGGAUAUAGCCAAAGAGAGAGUAGGACGUGUGCUUAACCUUGGAGCUAUUGAAGGAGGUGCUAAUGCUUGGAAAAACAUGGACGUUCUUGUCUUCAAUUCUUGGCAUUGGUGGACUCACAAAGGCAGUUCUCAAGGGUGGGACUACAUUAGAGAUGGGUCGUCUUUGGUGAGGGACAUGAACCGUCUUGACGCAUUCUACAAAGGACUUAGCACUUGGGGUCGAUGGGUUGACCAAAACGUCGAUACCACCAAAACCAAAGUUUUCUUCCAAGGCAUUUCUCCCACUCACUACGAGGGAAGGGAAUGGAACGAGCCAAGAAAGAGUUGUACUGGACAAAUGCAACCGUUGAGUGGAUCAAAUUACCCAAGUGGCCAGCCUGAAUCUGCAGGAGUUGUGUCCAAAGUGUUGGGAGCGAUGAAAACGCGGGUGUCCUUGCUUGAUAUCACCACUCUGUCUCAGCUGAGAAAAGAUGCUCAUCCUUCUACUUAUGGUGGCGAUGGAGGGAAUGAUUGCAGUCAUUGGUGCCUCCCUGGGUUGCCUGAUACUUGGAACCAACUUCUCUACGCAGCUCUGUCGAUGUGAAUUUAAGUAAUAGAUCUUUACAAAGAAAGUGCAAACACACCGUUGUUCUGUAAUUACAUUCUUGGAGGUGCAAAGAAGCUGACCGUUUUACUUUGGGGGUGGUAUUUAAGUGAAGACUAGAAGCAUAAAGAAGAUGGAUUGUAAAGUGUCUUUAUAUUCUUUUCCUAUGGGAUGAAACAAUAAAUCUAAAAAUUUGUCUAAUAUUCUGUGAUGUUAUAGAAAGAUAUUAUUAAUAAACAAAGAGAUUAUCAAAAAGAAGAAAAAAAACAAAGGAGUCAUUCUUGGCU